GGCUGAACUAUCCAUGCGUGGAGGUGGACCUCCUCCCCCGGUUUAACUGGCGCUGCGGCUGUGCGUUACUGUUGGCGUCGUUUCAUUUGUCAGGGUGUAAGGUAGGACAUCGCGGCGGCGCGGUCACGCUGUAUGUAUUCGGACAGUUUGGAUAGAUUGUAUUACACACACACACACAUAUAUAUAUAUAUGUAUAUGUGUGUGUGUGUGUGUGCGUAACUGGCAUGGAAGAAAAAAUAUUUUAGCUCUUUAAUUUGCCAUUGUUCCAGGGGACCUGGAGAGGAAUGACUCCCCCGAGUCAAACUUGUCUCCUGUCUGCCCCCCUGACAUUACCAUUGUAAUUUCCACGCGUCCGGUCGGUCUCGGAUAUCAAAGAGCACAAUCAGUGUCGCUCUGCAUUUUGAUAAGGUGAAGGUUAUGCCUUAUGCACUACUGCUACGAGCCAAACUCAAAUGCCCAUUGACAUAGUAUCGUCGCCUGCAUUCACACACGGUUUUCGGAGAAAAACAGGCGUUUGUUUUCUCAAAAUUUUACUUGGUUUUAUUGUUUAGGUUUUAUUUUGACGGGACGCGAUUAGGAUGCUGUUGUUUGGAAGCCUAAACGCCAAUGCUGCGAGUUUAUCCGCGAAGUUCAUGCACUCUGUGCUCUUUCUGUUUUUGCUGCUCCGACUGCCCCAGUCCAGCACACCUUUAAUUACAGGUACUGAAGCUAGCUGUGAAAACGAAGGGGAAGUAUUGCAUAUCCCCAACAUCACUGACAACCCUUGUAUCACCUGUGUGUGUCUGGACAAGAAGGCAAACUGUAAGCAGGAGAAGUGUCCAUCAGUGUCCGACGACUGUGCCUUGGUGGUAAAGCAGACAGGAGCCUGCUGUGAGCAGUGCAAAGGCUGCCACUUGGAGCACCAGUCUUAUAACAGCUCGGAGACAUGGACCACCUCCAACAAGCCCUGUGUCACCCGCCACUGCCAGGAAGGUGUCAUCACAGAAGCUGAGAUGCAAUGUAUUGUCCACUGUAAGAACCCCAAGAUUCACCCCAAGAAAUGCUGCCCAUCUUGUCCUGGCUGCAUCUUUGAAGGCCAUUUAUAUAAAGACCAGGAGGAAUUCCACCCUGAAGGACAACCCUGUAUCACCUGCUCCUGCACUGGUGGAAGAACAAUGUGCAGGAGGGAGGUGUGUCCUGUACUAUCCUGCCCUGCCUACCUCAGUCACACCCCACCUGGAAAGUGCUGCCCUAAAUGCUUAGGCCAGAGAAAAGUGUUUGAUCUUUCAUUGGGAAGCUGCUUGUUCCGCAGUGAGGUCUAUGAAAAUGGCACCUCCUUUAAAUAUGAUAACUGCACCUCCUGUAUCUGCAAGGAUUCUACGAUGGUAUGCAGGAAGAGAUGCUCUAAGCCUGGAAGCUGCCAGAGAAAUUCAGAUCACUGUUGUGAUGAGUGUCUGUCAUACAUGAAGGUGGAGGAUAUCAAGUACUGCCGUGUCAGGAACAAAGUCUACAGGAAUAAAGUACUCAACAGGACUGGUUGCUGCCCCAUUUGUACUGAAAAACCUGGCGUGUGCACAGUGUUUGGGGACCCGCACUACAACACAUUCGAUGGGCGCACCUUUAACUUCCAGGGUACAUGCCAGUACGUGCUGACCCGGGACUGCUCACCAGCAGCCGCCUUCCAGGUGCUGGUGAGGAACGACGCCCGCCGCACACGCUCUUUCUCCUGGACCAAGUCCGUGGAGCUGCAGAUGGCGGGUCUCAGUGUAGGUCUACACCAGCACCUCACUGUACGCCUGAAUGGCAGCCGUGUUGCCUUACCGUACAGUGCAGCUGGAGUACACAUCAACCUGGACAGCUACCUACUUAAGCUCAGCACCAGUGCAGGAUUGGAGGUAACAUGGGAUGGGGACAGCUUUGUGGAGGUGGUGGCUGCACCUCGCCUGAAAAACAGCCUCUGCGGUCUCUGUGGAAACUACAACGGGCACAAGCAGGAUGAUGUCAUUGGCGGUGAUGGUCACUUCAAGUUUGAUGUGGAUGAGUUUGCUGAGAGCUGGCGGGUGGAAAGCAAUGAGAUCUGUAAUCAACCUCCACACAAGCCCACCCUCCACUUGUGCCCUGGUUUGGUCAAGGUCAAACUCCGUGCCCAUCGUGAAUGCCAGAAGCUCAAGUCCUGGGAGUUUGAGAAGUGUCACCCUAUGGUAGACUUCCUGCCGUUCUACAGGUCCUGUGUCACAGACAUGUGUGAGUGUCCCGUGCACAAGAAAUGUUACUGUGAAUCCUUCAUAGCCUACAGCCGUGCCUGCCAGAGAGAGGGUUCGGCAGUGCUCUGGAAGCCUGAGCAGAACUGCAUGGCCACCCAAUGCAAACACGGUGCUGUUUAUGACACUUGCGGUCCUGGCUGUGCCAAGACAUGUGAUAACUGGAAUGAGAUUGGGCCCUGCAACAAGCCCUGUGUGGCCGGUUGCCACUGCCCCGCUGACCUGGUGCUCUUCCAAGGCCGCUGCAUCAGGCCUAUCCUGUGCCCUGGGCAGUGACACUGACUGCCACGGUUUUGCUGUGGAUGGGGGGGGUCAUGUGGGACAGUGGACUAGGAUUUGUCUGCAGUGGGGGAGGUGACAUACUGAAAGACCAGGAGACAGGAGGAAGACUGGGCAUCUGCUGUUUACCUGCAACUACCUCAGCUAAAGUAACAUGGCUGUGCAAACUUACUGUGACAUAACUCCUCCCCACCACCAUCAUAUCAGUACCACCAGAAUGGCACAUUGUCUCCCCGGAACUGUAGUCUAUAACAGUACUUCCCUGAAUAAAAGAUCCACAGAUGCCUGCCUCCACAAAGUAAAGGUAAUAUGCUCUGUGAGCUUAGGUUGUCUGUUGUUGAAAUGGUGCUUUAAAAAGCAAUAAUGAUAACAUUAGGGAGGUGGAGCCAUUAUUUCUUAAGAAAAUUUUAAAGAUAAUAAAAGGUUUGGGGAGCAGAUGAAGUGAAUCAUCCAACUUACUGUCCUGAAAUAUAGCAAAUGGUCCACCUAAUUAAUAUAUCACAACAAGAAGAAUCUAGUCAACAUAUGCUUAUAUUGCCAUUUUAAUUUAUGUAUCAUAAAUGUACCAUUGUAGCAAAUACAAAAUCAUAAAUAUUGUGUUUUGAUAUGGGCAAAUAUAUAUUUGUCCUGACAUUCAGUUCUGGUUUUUAAAAAGCUUUGUAGCAGUAACAAAGAUUUUGUAAAAUGUACAGAGUAAUCUUGUGUUUAUUUCCUUGUGGAAGAUUUUUUUUUCUUGACAGUUUACAAUUUGGCUCUAUUCAGUGAAGCCACAGCCAUUGGAAGUAUUCUGAUAAUUUAAGGUAUUAGUAUCCAGUUCUGUUACAAAUUAGAAGUAUAUAUAAUUAAUGAGCAUUAUAUGUAAUCGUUUUUCAUGUAAAUAAAAAGUUAUUGACUAUACAUCACAUCAUCCCAUUCAUUGCCUCUCAGGAACUCUAGUAGUGGCAAUACAAAUGGCUUCAUGGGGUCUGAACCUCAAAUUUAAUUUAUUGAAACAAUUUCCUGAUUUUGAGAUGGA